GUCGAACAGGAUGUAGAUUUGCACAGGGAAGUGUAGCUCGCGCAGAAGUUGUAACGUCAACUGCUUCCUUAUAACAAUGGCGACCGAGUCUUUGAUAUCGAUAAGACUUAGAGGAGUACUGAUUGCUGUCAUUCUUCAUUUCGUGUUAAUACCACCGCUGACAGCUAUAUCAGAGCCGGGCAAAUGGAUCCUGAAUGUGAAUAAUAAAGAUGUGGGGAAGCAUGGAAAGUUCAUAUAUCUUCCGAAGACAAUGUUCAAUGAUACUUACAUUGCAAUAAACGGGCGCAGUGUAAAUUGCCCUAGUCCUGUAAACUUAACUAUAUCAUGGUAUUUGCGGAGUUCUCCUUGCCACGAUGAAGUGUUUGGACUUAAUCCCGAAUCAACGGAACAAUAUUUUAACAACAUAAAUGUACAGCGGCCAGGAGGCAGUGGAUUCUACGUAGAACACACGUAUGAGCAUAUAGAGUGCAAAUCUAUUACGGAAGUAAACACGUUUGCAGUAGAAAACUAUGAUUCACUUCAACCGCUGGUGCCAUAUUUUCAGCCAAAAACAGAUAAACAAAGCAGACGAAGGAGGGAUGCGGAGAAGACUGAAGUACAGGCGAAAGAUGCUGCUGCAACAAAUCCAUCGAGUGAUCCGAAAAGGAAAGACUCUUCAUCAGCGAAAAUGACACUUAAUUCACAAAAACGGCCUAAAUCAGACUUCGUCGUGGCACGAACCUGGGAAGACAGCCCUUAUAUGUUCAUCAUCAAAAUUGAGGCAUUGCCACCUGCCAAAGAAACAGAAUGGAGCAUACAACUGGUGGUCAGUAUGCGUGGCCCCUAUGAAUACAUCUCAGCAUCUGAAUGGCCUUUGAUGAUUUUCUACAUGGUGAUGUGCAUCAUCUAUGUGAUUAUGGGCGUGCUGUGGUUGGCUCUCUCAGCUUGUUACUGGAGAGACCUGCUGCGGAUUCAGUUCUGGAUUGGGGGAGUGAUCUUUCUGGGCAUGAUUGAGAAGGCCGUCUUCUAUGCCGAGUUCCAAAGCAUCCGUUACGAAGGCCAAUCAGUUCAAGGUGCAGUGGUGUUUGCAGAGAUACUUUCAGCUGUGAAAAGAACCCUGGCUCGAGUGUUGGUCAUUAUUGCUAGCCUGGGAUAUGGCAUAGUCAAGCCAAGACUAGGAGCAUUGCUGCACAGGGUAGUGGGAGUAGGACUGCUCUACCUUAUCUUUUCUGUAAUAGAGGGCGUCCUGAGAGUCAACACGGAGCACGGUGGUUCAAGCAGGCUGCUUUGUGACAUUGUUAUGGCCCUCAUUGAUUCUUGUAUUGUGUGGUGGAUCUUCAUUAGCCUGGCCCAGACGAUGAAGCUCCUUCGGCUGAGGAGAAACUUGGUCAAGCUGUCCCUGUACCGACACUUCACCAACACACUCAUAUUCGCUAUCAUCGCUUCUGUUAUAUUCAUUGUGUGGACAACAAAGACCUUCAAGUUAACCAAGUGCCAAUCUGACUGGAGAGAGCUGUGGAUAGAUGAUGCCUUCUGGCGCUUUCUGUUCUCUAGUAUCCUGCUCGUUAUCAUUUUCUUAUGGAGGCCUUCAGCAAACAACCAGAGGUAUGCCUUCAGUCCGCUGGUGGAUGAAGUUAGUGAGGAAGAGGAGGGGGAGCAGCUAAUGAAUGAAGCCUUCGAGGGUGUGAAAAUGAGAGGGAUGAAACCAGAGACCAACGGAAGUGCAAAACUCAAUAAAGUGGAUGAAGAUCUCAAAUGGGUUGAGGAGAACAUUCCCUCAUCAAUGGCUGAUGUCGCACUGCCGCCUCUGCUAGACUCAGACGAGGAGAUCAUGACCACGAAAUUUGAGAUGUCCAAAAUGGAGUAGAUCUAUGAAGAUGUAUGUAUUGUAUUGUAUAUAAUGUGUGUAUGACAAUGCACAACUGCUUUAUCCCAAAAGAUGAGCUUUUCAUAAGCAACGUCUGUAAAUAUGUGGGACGACGAGGGUGAUGCACUAAAGGACUUUUUGUUUUAUUUUUAAUUGCUUGUUUGUAUUUAUAUUUUCACAGAUAAUAUGGUGUAAGAGUUUCUUAAAACAACUGUAAAUUGCCUUUGACUGUUUACAUAUCUACAGUACAAAAUGUGAUUAAAACACAUUAGUUUGUGCAUUGUGCUGUUUUACUAAGAGGCUUUUGCACAACAAUCCUCUUAUUAAUCACAUAAAGAUGGGAAAACAUGUCAGAUGAAA